ACCCUGCAACUGCCGUUCAGUGGCUGGAGCGGGGAUCAUGUCUCGCGCCACAGUCAAGAUGGCGACGGGGAAAACGCCAGAGAGACGCUGAGUCCGCUGGACGGAAGUCGCCCCUUUGUCGCUGAAGAUGGCGGCUGGCAUGUACCUGGAGCAUUAUCUGGACAGUAUUGAAAAUUUGCCAUUUGAGCUGCAAAGAAACUUCCAGUUGAUGAGAGACCUGGACCAGAGAACAGAAGAUCUGAAAUGUCAUAUAGACCGCCUGUCCUGCCAGUAUAUGAGCGGUGCCCGCACUCUGAGCGCAGAGGAAAAGCUGCAGCUCCUCAGACAAGUGCAGGAAGCGUACGGCAAGUGCAAGGAGUAUGGUGAUGACAAGGUGCAGCUGGCCAUGCAGACGUAUGAGAUGGUAGACAAACACAUUCGGAGGUUGGACACAGACCUUGCUCGGUUUGAAGCUGAUCUGAAGGAGAAACACAUUGAAUCCAGUGAUUAUGACAGCUGCUCUAGCAAAGGCAAAAAGAAAGGCAGAGGUCAAAAGGAGAAGAAAGUCCCAAAGGUCAGGUCAAAGGUGAAGAACUCAGAUGAUGAGACAGCAAAGAGUGGGCAGAAGAAGAUCAAACUGGUUCAGACGGUGGAAUAUGGGGCUCCUGCUACUAAUUUUGGGAAGGUGCACCCGUCUGAUGUGCUGGACAUGCCUGUGGACCCCAAUGAACCUACAUACUGCCUGUGCCAUCAAGUGUCCUAUGGAGAGAUGAUCGGCUGUGAUAACCCAGAUUGUUCAAUUGAAUGGUUUCAUUUUGCCUGCGUUGGACUUGCAACAAAACCCCGUGGGAAAUGGUACUGUCCACGCUGUACUCAAGAGAGAAAGAAGAAAUGAGAUACCCAUCAAAGGCUCCCUAUGGGGGAGGGCAGAGAGAAUGUGGGAGAGGCUGGUACCUACAUCUCUUUGUGUUUCCUAGGAGGACAAGUUACAUUUCGUGUUAAUGACAGUAUUAGACAUUUCUUCCCAGGGUCUGUCAUAUGGCUGUGUAUGGGGAGGGAAACGCCCGGUAUGUUUGGGAUGGUUAUUGGACAGCAGCCUCAUCAUUCUGUACUCUUCAUGUGCCAAUUGCUCUUCCUCUUCCCACUUCUAGCUUUGCGUUUCUGCUCGCCACAUUCUAUUGUAGACAUGGCUUUGCGGUUACUUUCUCUUCUAAUCUUUCCCAGCUGUCCGUGACUUCUCACCAUGUGUCGCUCUCCCAACUGCUCUGGAACUACACAUGCCUGCGUGUCCUGCCAUUGUGUAGUUCCACAGCAGCUGGACGUUGGCUGCCCCUCUUCUAGAUGUUGCUUCGUACUCUCUACCAAGUGAAUUUUCCAGAAAUAUUUUUCUAUUUCCUAAUAAUAUAAUGUGUGCCACUCAUUCACCUCACUGCCCCCAGCUGUCCCACCUUCUGUUUCCAUCUUUGUACCACUCUGGACUUACACUUACAUCUAUACAAUGAGAGCUAAAACAGGAAUGUAAAGUACAAUAAACUGCAGCGUACAAAACGCUAAUCAAUACUACAGGUGCCAAUAGAGUUCCCUCCUGAUUCCAUGUGGAGCCUUCUCUGUAUUAACCUGGAUCUCUUCAUUGUCUCUCCCACCCACUGCCCUUCUUUUUCUAUCAUCCACUAGGGGACACUGGAGAUCUAGACAGCUGGGGUGUGAAGAUUGCAGACCGGGGUGGCACAAUGAAUUAAUGAAAAAAAUAAUAUUCACAGCUGGCUCCUCCCCCUUCGCCCCCCUAUCCCUUAUUGCUCCCAUCCACUUGUCAGGAUACCGGGGUAAUGGUUACCUUAGCAUGGGUUAACUAAAUCACCUAGUUAAGCUACUGAGCCACGCUCUUCACUGCUCUACUCGCUUUCUAGUGACUGAACUAAAACAGACUGCGGAGGCUUUAGUGUCCACACAUGUACAAUCCUACACCGGUUUGACCGGAGUAGUGACUCCUAAUCAGCAAUAUCCCGAAGAGAGACCCCUCUGCCCUGCAUUAGAGUGUUUUUAUUCCCCUUUUCUCCAGGUGCUUCCCACUGACUUCACUUCACACCAGUCCACAGCUCACUUGCAGGAACCCUGUGGUGUGUGGCUCCAGCAUGUCUGCUAAAAAAGAUUCUAGCCUUCAGCUUGCAUAUAGACGCUCAUCCUUGAGGCAUAGUACAUAAUCAACAGCGCACAACAAAAGUAGGAGUAUGGGUGGCCCCGCCUGGUGACAUUUAUGAAUACAUUGUAUACAAAGUACGUUACAGUGGUAUAGGCAUAACAUUUUCAUUCAUUUUUCCUUCUCUUCCCUUUUAUCUUUUAACCUGGGCCUUUUUCCUUCCCUCCCACGUUUACCUGGUCGGGUCCCUUACAUUCCCUCUCUCUCCGGACCUGGACCCCCAGCCUUUUCCCACUACUGAAUUUUGGUGCUGAGUUAUCGGUCUUCCUUUAUUUGUACUUGGAAUUUAUAUACCAAAUGUUUACACUACAGUAACAAGUGAGGUUGGGCUGUGCAUGCUCUCCUAUAAAAUUUGCAUUGCCAGGAGUGUGAGUGCGCGUGUGCAUGCAUCUGUUACUAUGAGCGCUGCGUGUGUCUGAGAGGCCUACUGUUAUUUAUUUUGGGGUAGGAAACCUUUGGAUCUGCUGCUCAGCCACAUAUGAUGCUUGGUCAACUGGACUGCCAAAGUCUUACCUGCCUUUCACUGUAUUCAUCACAAAACACUAUUUUGUAUGUCCCUGUAUAAUGGAGUGAGCUCUCCCUUCCUCUCCAUAGCCCCCCGCAUUAAUUUCUUUCCAUGCGCCAACUCUACAGUCCGAUGUAUGUUUGUUUUUUUCCUGACUUACUGGUAACAUAAAUAAAUUAAUAGUAAACGAU